UUCAAUAAUUUCUAAAUCUAAAACCUGUGAGAGUGGAUUAGCAGAACAGGUCCUUUGGAAGCAACACUCGAACAGAACAGAACAGUUCCUUCCUCACCAACGCACCUAUUCAAAAUUACAACAGAGAGAAAAUAAUUGCUGUUACAGAAGGAGUUGAGUUGUGAUUGGUCAAGAGGUCACUGAGCUGAGAUUUGAAGCCAAGGUUCCAAUUCUGUGGUCAAUUAUGACUAUAGUUCAGAGUGAGGGGGCAGCAAAGGGAACUACCACAACUGAGAAAGCAUUCAAAAGAUGGGGCAGGAGAACCCCAUUUUUGAGAUAUGGCCUUCCUAUGAUCUCUCUCACUGUCCUUGGUUCUAUAGGCCUUGCCCAACUCUUGCAAGGCAGCAAGGAUAUUGCAAAGGUGAAAGAUGAUCAGGAGUGGGAAAUAAUUGAAACAAAAAAAGCAUUGUCUAAGACUGGACCAGUGAAUGCAUACAAUCCAAAAAAGAUUUCCUUGGAGGAUGAGCUAAAGGCUUUGCAACAAAAGGUGGACAUUAACAGCUAUGAGUACAAGAAAAUUCCUAAACCAAACAAGGGCAAUCCAGACUAGACUAGAGUUGUGGACUUGAAACAACUUUCGUCGGAAUUUCCCGUGUACCAUGCUCACAAAUUAACUUUUAUGGAAUCAAGAGCCAGUUACCAUCUUGAAAGUGAAGUUGUUAUUGCCCUGCAUCUUUAGUGUUUUGACUUUUGAUUAUGACAUUAUGGAAGAGGAAGUUGAGAUGAAUUUUGAAACUUUUGCGUAUCAAGGAUCUUUUAGUACGCUCCAGGGAACAGCAAAAAGUACUUGCUUGGUUCUAUUUUAAUAAGGGUGAAAAAGUGUAAAUGUUUCUUGUCAUGUUUUAGUUUAUCUUUUUUACCGAUCUUGCAGCGAUGUGCACAUUGGAUGUUAUAACGAUAAUGCUAAUUGAGUCACUUUUGCUGUCAAAACACUCAACACGAGGUUCAUUUCAGUGUUCACAAGUAAAAUUGCUCGUGGCAUUAUUGGAAA